AUGUCCUGCAGCGGGGCUUGUCAGCAGGAUGAUUCAGCCUCCAUAACCAUGCUCAGCCCCACCACACAAACAGACAAUGCAGCAUCUUCCAAAGUUUUCUGUUUCUACUUUUUUCACCAGAAAGAAACACCGCUCGCUAAUGCUGCAUUUUGGGCUGCAAGAAAAGGAAACCUGGCUCUCCUCCAGCUGCUGCUGAACAGUGGGCGAGUAGAUGUGGACUGCAAAGACAGUCUUGGCACAACAGCUCUGAUGGUAGCCUCUUACUAUGGCCACAUAGAUUGUGUGCGAGAAUUGGUGUUGCAAGGAGCAGAUAUCAAUCUGCAGAGAGAGUCAGGUGCAACUCCUCUGUUCUUUGCUGCACAGCAAGGCCACAAUGAUGUAGUGAAGUUUCUCUUUGAAUUUGGAGCCUCCACUGAAUUCAAGAAUAAAGACGGAGGCACUGCCCUUUUAGCAGCUUGUCAGUACGGGCAUGCAAAAGUAGUGGAAACUCUGUUGAAGCACGGUGCCAACAUUCACGAUCAGCUUUACGAUGGAGCUUCUGCAACUUUCCUGGCCGCGCAAGGAGGAUAUCUGGAUGUCAUCCGCUUGCUGCUGUCCUCAGGAGCAAAGGUCAACCAGCCACGACAGGAUGGGACAGCACCCUUGUGGAUUGCGUCGCAGAUGGGUCACAGCGAAGUGGUGCGGGUGAUGCUGCUCCGGGGAGCUGAGCGAGAUGCCGCACGGGAUGAUGGUACAACUGCCUUACUGAAAGCUGCCAUCAAAGGAUACAACAACGUGAUAGAAGAGUUACUGAAAUUCUCUCCUACACUUGGCCUGCUGAAGAAUGGGACCUCUGCUCUCCACGCGGCCGUUCUCAGCGGCAACGCCAGGACGGUAGCGCUGCUGCUGGAGGCAGGAGCGGACCCCUGCCUCAGGAACAAGGCAAAUGAGCUGCCAGAAGAACUCACAAAAAACGAGCGCAUCCUCCGACUGCUUCGUAUGAAGGAAAAGCAAAGGAAAAGCUCAUGUGGCUCUGUUGCAAAUGCGGUUUGACAGAGGUGUGCCCUGUUCGCACCAGCCUGAAAGUAAACGUAGCCCGCCUGAGCAGAGUUUGUUGGACCAGUUUGCAGAAUUGAUUAGCCGCUCCACUACAUGCCCCGUGGACGCGGGAGACCUUCGCCACAGCGCUGCUGCGCUUGGCACCGUUGAGUGCAGAAGGACUGCAGUGAGAGCAGGAUUUGGCCUGAAAGCUGUAUCUGCGCUACAGCCCUGCCGAUACUCCAGGAUCCCACUGGUCCCAGCACCACCAACGUUAGCUCCUCCGUGCCUGCGGUGUGUGCGUCCCCGCUCGCACCGGGGCUCCCGCCGCUCCAGGCACGCGCUCCCUAACAGCUUGGCUGCACACCUGCACGGGGUCCCUGCGAGUGCCUCGGGUGCGUGCCGAAGGGCACCCCGGCUCUCGCAGCUGUUUGGUUUUGCUCCAUCCCGGACCAGCCCCACGGUGCUGCCCUCACUUCGCCAGCACUGCCAGCUCUCUCGAUUCCUCCAUACUUCCAAGUGCCACAUGGGGCUGGAGGUGAC